AUGCUGCCUCACAUCACUGGUUGUCAGGGUGAGGAGGGAGUGCUGCCUCACAUUACUGUGGUUGUCAGGGUGAGUGGGUGGGAUUGCCUGAGUCACUGCUGUGGUUGUCAGGGUGGGGUGUGGUGUUGCCAGGGAAACUUCCUGUGAUGUUUCUUCUAGGCAAUGAUGUAAUUUCCCAUAUCUGGAUAUUGGCCUUCCUGUGCUCUAACAUAGGUGGUUUUUUUUCUGGUCCUGACGAGAAAGAAAGAAAACUGUCGGGGUAGGUUCUCUUUUGCACUGUUCAACCAAUCCAGUAAAUGCGGAUGAGGAGUUAAGAUGGAGUGUCACCUUGUUAACAUCCAAAAGCGAAGUCGUGUCACAGGCUCUCUUUCCAUUUCCCCUGAAAACCCGAUGCAUCCGUUUGUUUCUGACCUCACUGAGGGUGCCUGUGCUCUGCCAUCAUAACUUCCUGUUGCCUUCCCUCCAGAGUCCUGACCCACACUGUGACAGGCUGUUGCUGUUCUGUAGUUACACCUGAGAGAACUGUGGUUACACGUGGCACAACUAGGCCUCUCCUGGACCUUGGAACCCAGACUAGAAUAGAUGGGUCUCUAUCUCUCUCUCUGUGGGUGGGUGGAUUCCAUCUCUACUGUCUCAUUCAGGGAUUGGUGGGAUUAUGAGUGGGAUUGUCUGGGUUUUGCUGGCUGGUUGUCCAGUUGGUCAGGGCCUUCAGUGUGAAGGAGGCAUGCUAGGUCAAUGGGCAAUUCCACGGUAACAGAGUGGUCCUGAGACUCAGAUUUUUCACUUUAAAAUGUAUGCCAAACAAAAACCAAUGAUUGCUAAGUUAAACUAACUAUACAACUCUAUGCAAAAUUACAACUUUUAACAAUUUCCAGUGAAAAUGAUACAAAAACACAUUAACUUGAAGAACAGUACAGAUGCAAAGUUUGUUAACAGAACACAAAACCAUCAUUCUGGUACCCAACUUUUGCAUCUGCACUGUUCAAGUAAUGUGUUUUUGUAAAAAUGUCUGUGGAAAUUGUUAAAAGUAGUCCUUGUACAUAGUUGUAUGGUUUGUUUAACUUUGCAAUCAUUCGUUUUUGUUUGGCAUACAUUUUAAAGUGAAAAAUCAGUCUCAGCAUCACUCCAUUCCAUGGUUACUGUGGAAUUGCCCCUAUACUAUAGAUCGAAAUGGAGGCAUUUACUAAAGAAAAGGCUGUACACGGUAUAUGCUGCCCCCCGUGCUUUACAUAUGGAGGAAGCUGCUAUAGGAGGCAAGGUAUAUGGAGGAAGCAGCUAUCGGCCUAGGUUAUAAGGUUAGGUGAUAUAGCUUGGAUGUAAACUCAUCCCUGAAGGGCCUAAACACUGGAAAGCACUGUGUAGGCCCAUCUCUUCAACCCCCCAGAACAAGCCGAAUGAGGACCCAAACGAAAUGUUAAACUGUGUGGAGAAAUUGUCAGUUCAUUGUAGUUCCUCCCUAUUACAGUAUGUUCAGCUCAUUGGUCUGGAUGAUGAAGAACAGACAAGUCUCACUAUGUGUGGGGUUUUUGGCUCUGGUUGAACUCAGCCAAUUCAGGCUGAGGUGUGCAGGUUGACAUUUAUUGGGUUAAUAAUAUGCCAUUUAGCAGACGCUUUUAUCCAAAGCGACUUACAGUCAUGUGUGCAUACAUUUUUACGUAUGGGUGGUCCCGGGGAUUGAACCCACUACCCUGGCGUUACAAGCGCCAUGCUCUACCAAUUGAGCUACAGAGGACCAAUCUUGACUUGAAUCUUGUCUUGGCUAAUCGUAAAAAAAUCAUGAAAACAAAACAUAGCUUUUUGGUUUUAAUUUAAGGUAAGGCAUAAGGUUAGCAGUGUGGUUAGGGUUAGAUUUGAGAACUUUGUGGCUAGGCCAGCUAGUGACCACCCUGCAGAGCUGCCUCCAGGACAAGAUUCCUCCCAAUAAAUGCCAACCUGCCUGAGGCAUGGGUUGUGGUGUGGUAGUGUACUGCAAGGGCCCCUUGCAUGGUUUUUGGUCUCUUUGGUCUUUGUUUUCUUAUGUUGGCUGAUGUUUUUUUUCUUACUCUCUCUCUCACAGCCGUGUGAUCCUACCGAUCUCUGUGCAAGAGGUGAGUAACACCAUGUCAUAACCCACACCAACCCAAUUUUUGUGUUAGUUUCCUGUUUUCAUGCAUGCAAGUCUGUACAUGCAUGAAAGCAGGUCAUACAGUGGGGGAAAAAAGUAUUUAGUCAGCCACCAAUUGUGCAAGUUCUCCCACUUAAAAAGAUGAGAGAGGCCUGUAAUUUUCAUCAUCGGUACAUGUCAACUAUGACAGACAAUGAGAAAAAAAAUCCAGAAAAUCACAUUGUAGGAUUUUUAAUGAAUUUAUUUGCAAAUUAUGGUGGAAAAUAAGUAUUUGGUCAAUAACAAAAGUUUCUCAAUACUUUGUUAUAUACCCUUUGUUGGCAAUGACACGGGUCAAACGUUUUCUGUAAGUCUUCACAAGGUUUUCACACACUGUUGCUGGUAUUUUGGCCCAUUCCUCCAUGCAGAUCUCCUCUAGAGCAGUGAUGUUUUGGGGCUGUCGCUGGGCAACACAGACUUUCAACUCCCUCCAAAGAUUUUCUAUGGGGUUGAGAUCUGGAGACUGGCUAGGCCACUCCAGGACCUUGAAAUGCUUCUUACGAAGCCACUCCUUCGUUGCCCGGGCGGUGUGUUUGGGAUCAUUGUCAUGCUGAAAGACCCAGCCACGUUUCAUCUUCAAUGCCCUUGCUGAUGGAAGGAGGUUUUCACUCAAAAUCUCACGAUACAUGGCCCCAUUCAUUCUUUCCUUUACACGGAUCAGUCGUCCUGGUCCCUUUGCAGAAAAACAGCCCCAAAGCAUGAUGUUUCCACCCCCAUGCUUCACAGUAGGUAUGGUGUUCUUUGGAUGCAACUCAGCAUUAUUUGUCCUCCAAACACGACGAGUUUAGUUUUUACCGAAAAGUUCUAUUUUGGUUUCAUCUGACCAUAUGACAUUCUCCCAAUCCUCUUCUGGAUCAUCCAAAUGCACUCUAGCAAACUUCAGACGGGCCUGGACAUGUACUGGCUUAAGCAGGGGGAUACGUCUGGCACUGCAGGAUUUGAGUCCCUGGCGGCGUAGUGUGUUACUGAUGGUAGGCUUUGUUACUUUGGUCCCAGCUCUCUGCAGGUCAUUCACUAGGUCCCCCCGUGUGGUUCUGGGAUUUUUGCUCACCGUUCUUGUGAUCAUUUUGACCCCACGGGGUGAGAUCUUGCGUGGAGCCCCAGAUCGAGGGAGAUUAUCAGUGGUCUUGUAUGUCUUCCAUUUCCUAAUAAUUGCUCCCACAGUUGAUUUCUUCAAACCAAGCUGCUUACCUAUUGCAGAUUCAGUCUUCCCAGCCUGGUGCAGGUCUACAAUUUUGUUUCUGGUGUCCUUUGACAGCUCUUUGGUCUUGGCCAUAGUGGAGUUUGGAGUGUGACUGUGUGAGGUUGUGGACAGGUGUCUUUUAUACUGAUAACAAGUUCAAACAGGUGCCAUUAAUACAGGUAACGAGUGGAGGACAGAGGAGCCUCUUAAAGAAGUUGUUACAGGUCUGUUAGAGCCAGAAAUCUUGCUUGUUUGUAGGUGACCAAAUACUUAUUUUCCACCAUAAUUUGCAAAUAAAUUCAUUAAAUAUCCUACAAUGUGAUUUUCUGGAAUUUUUUUUCUCAUUUUGUCUCUCAUAGUUGACGUGUACCUAUGAUGAAAAUUACAGGCCUCUCUCAUCUUUUUAAGUGGGAGAACUUGCACAAUUGGUGGCUGACUAAAUACUUUUUUUCCCCACUGUAAAUGCUGUUUGCCUUGAUAAUACCUUGCAGCUAUUUGUCACAGACAUGUCUUUCUCUCCACUGCAUUCCAUUUCCCCUUAUUUCUCUGGGUCAUGCUGCCGUCAGUGUUUUAACUCCAGCCUUGAGAGAUGUGAUGUAACAGCAGCAGCAGCCCAUAAAGGUUUUAGUGCAGUAAACUGUGUGACAGCUGUAAAGUCACCAGCCGGGAGGGGUCCAUUUAUCCUGACAGUGAAGGCUAUUUACCCAAAGAGUCAGGCUCUACUAACUGAAGGAGAUGAUUCAAUCACCUCACUUCUAUGUAAAGAUUUACCUCAGGGCGGCAGGUAUCCUAGCGGUUAAGAGAGUUGGGCAAAUAACCGAAAGGUCGCUGGUUCGAAUCCCAGAGUCAAUUAGGUGAAAAAUCUGUCUAUGUUCCUUUGAGCAAGGCACUUAACCCUAAUUGCUCCUGUAAGUCACUGUGGAUAAGAGCGUCUGCUAAAUGACUAAAAUGUCAAAUGUGCGGUUGUAAUUCCAACUACUGUUUGUAGUUAAAUAUAUUCAUGAUAUGGAGUAAGUUGGGCUUUAUUGAUCCCCAGGCAGAGUUGUAGAUGUUCAUAUAAAAUUCCAUUAGUCUAACUGUUUGCCUGGCUUCCCCGUUACCUUUAGAUGAGCCCAGGGUAUCAAGCAAAGCAUUAGAUUUAUAGUGUUGUAAAUUAAUUUCAGCCACCAGCAAUUCACACCUAGGUGUUAAGCCUGCCUCUGACCUUUGUGUGUUUAGACUCUAGAGAAACAGUAGCUCUGUGACUGGGACUGAUGACCCCAGCCUGUAGAACAGCAGGUCAGACUUGAUAAGAUGCUGCAGAAUGCUCUCUAUCUAUCUUCCUCCCUCCCUCUCUCUAGCUUCCUUCCUUCCUCCCUCUCUCUCCCUUGGAAUCAAUACCAAACUAACCCAUGGUUCCAGUUUAUCUGAGAACCUCUGUUCAUCAUCUCUUGUUUUCUUUCUUUCUUGUUUUCUUUCUUUCUUGUUUUCUUUCUUUCUUGUUUUCUUUCUUGUUUUCUUUCUUGUUUUCUUGUUUUCUUUCUUGUUUUCUUUCUUGUUUUCUUUCUUGUUUUCUUUCUUUCUUGUUUUCUUUCUUUCUUUCUUGUUUUCUUGUUUUCUUUCUUUCUUUCUUGUUUUCUUUCUUGUUUUUUUUCUUUCUUUCUUUCUUUCUUUCUUUCUUUAGGAUCUGUCAGUGGUUAGCUGAAUUGAUUUGUGCUAGAGUGACACUGAUGUUAAAUUUUAGUCAUUUAGCAGAUGCUCUUAUCCAGAGCGACUUACAGUUAAUAUAUACACUGCUCAAAAAAAUAAAGGGAACACUUAAACAACACAAUGUAACUCCAAGUCAAUCACAUUUCUGUGAAAUCAAACUGUCCACUUAGGAAGCAACACUGAUUGACAAUACAUUUCACAUGCUGUUGUGCAAAUGGAAUAGAUAACAGGUGGAAAUUAUAGGCAAUUAGCAAGACACCCCCAAUAAAGGAGUGGUUCUGCAGGUGGUGACCACAGACCACUUCUCAGUUCCUAUGCUUCUUGGCUGAUGUUUUGGUCACUUUUGAAUGCUGGCGGUGCUUUCACUCUAGUGGUAGCAUGAGACGGAGUCUACAACCCACACAAGUGGCUCAGGUAGUGCAGCUCAUCCAGGAUGGCACAUCAAUGCGAGCUGUGGCAAAAAGGUUUGCUGUGUCUGUCAGCGUAGUGUCCAGAGCAUGGAGGCGCUACCAGGAGACAGGCCAGUACAUCAGGAGACGUGGAGGAGGCCGUAGGAGGGCAACAACCCAGCAGCAGGACCGCUACCUCCGCCUUUGUGCAAGGAGGAGCAGGAGGAGCACUGCCAGAGCCCUGCAAAAUGACCUCCAGCAGGCCACAAAUGUGCAUGUGUCUGCUCAAACGGUCAGAAACAGACUCCAUGAGGGUGGUAUGAGGGCCCGACGUCCACAGGUGGGGGUUGUGCUUACAGCCCAACACCGUGCAGGACGUUUGGCAUUUGCCAGAGAACACCAAGAUUGGCAAAUUCGCCACUGGCGCCCUGUGCUCUUCACAGCAUGACUGGUUUGGCGGUGGGUCAGUCAUGGUGUGGGGUGGCAUUUCUUUGGGGGGCCGCACAGCCGUCCAUGUGCUAGCCAGAGGUAGCCUGACUGCCAUUAGGUACCGAGAUGAGAUCCUCAGACCCCUUGUGAGACCAUAUGCUGGUGCGGUUGGCCCUGGGUUCCUCCUAAUGCAAGACAAUGCUAGACCUCAUGUGGCUGGAGUGUGUCAGCAGUUCCUGCAAGAGGAAGGCAUUGAUGCUAUGGACUGGCCCGCCCGUUCCCCAGACCUGAAUCCAAUUGAGCACAUCUGGGACAUCAUGUCUCGCUCCAUCCCCCAACGCCACGUUGCACCACAGACUGUCCAGGAGUUGGCGGAUGCUUUAGUCCAGGUCUGGGAGAAGAUCCCUCAGGAGACCAUCCGCCACCUCAUCAGGAGCAUGCCCAGGCGUUGUAGGGAGGUCAUACAGGCACGUGGAGGCCACACACACUACUGAGCCUCAUUUGGACUUGUUUUAAGGACAUUACAUCAAAGUUGGAUCAGCCUGUAGUGUGGUUUUCCACUUUAAUUUUGAGUGUGACUCCAAAUCCAGACCUCCAUGGGUUGAUACAUUUGAUUUCCAUUGAUAAUUUUUGUGUGAUUUUGUUGUCAGCACAUUCAACUAUGUAAAGAAAAAAGUAUUUAAUAAGAUUAUUUCAUUCAUUCAGAUCUAGGAUGUGUUAUUUUAGUGUUCCCUUAAUUUUUUUGAGCAGUGUAUAUGUAUGUGUGUAUACAGUCGUGGUCAAACAUUUUGAGAAUGACACAAAUACUAAUUUUCACAAAGUCUGCUGCCUCAGUUUUGAUGAUGGCAAUUUGCAUAUACUCCAGAAUGUCAUGAAGAGUGAUCAGAUGAAUUGCAAUUAAUUGCAAAGUCCCUCUUUGCCAUAAAUGAACUUAAUCACCAAAAAACAUUUCCACUGCAUUUCAGCCCUGCCACAAAAGGACCAGCUGCCAUCAUGUCAGUGAUUCUCUCGUUAACACAUGUGAGAGUGUUGACUAGGACAAGGCUGGAGAUCACUCUGUCUUGCUGAUUGAGUUAGAAUAACAGACUGGAAGCUUUAAAAGGAGGGUGGUGCUUGAAAUCAUUAUUCUUCCUCUGUUAACCAUGGUUACCUGCAAGGAAACACGUGCCGUCAUCAUUGCUUUGCACAAAAAGGGCUUCACAGGCAAGGAUAUUGCUGCUAGUAAGAUUGCACCUAAAUCAACCAUUUAUCGGAUCAUCAAGAACUUCAAGGAGAGAGGUUCAAUUGUUGUGAAGAAGGUGUCAGGGUGCCCAAGAAAGUCCAGCAAGCACCAGGACCGUCUCCUAAAGUUGAUUCAGCUGCGGGAUCGGGGCACCACCAGUGCAGAGCUUGCUCAGGAAUGGCAGCAGGCAGGUGUGAGUGCAUCUGCACGCACAGUGAGGCGAAGACUUUUGGAGGAUGGUCUGGUGUCAAGAAGGGCAGCAAAGAAGCCACUUCUCUCCAGGAAAAACAUCAGGGACAGACUGAUAUUCUGCAAAAGGUACAGGGAUUGGACUGCUGAGGACUGGGGUAAAGUCAUUUUCUCUGAUGAAUCCCCUUUCCGAUUGUUUGGGGCAUCCGGAAAACACCUUGUCCGGAGAAGACAAGGUGAGCGCUACCAUCAGUCCUGUGUCAUGCCAACAGUAAAGCAUCCUGAGACCAUUCAUGUGUGGGGUUGCUUCUCAGCCAAGGGAGUGGGCUCACUCACAAUUUUGCCUAAGAACACAGCCAUGAAUAAAGAAUGGUACCAACACAUCCUCAGAGAGAAACUUCUCCCAACCAUCCAAGAACAGUUUGGUGACGACCAAUGCCUUUUCCAGCAUGAUGGAGCACCUUGCCAUAAGGCAAAAGUGAUAACUAAGUGGCUCGGGGAACAAAACAUCGAAAUUUUGGGUCCAUGGCCAGGAAACUCCCCAGACCUUAAUCCCAUUGAGAACUUGUGGUCGAUCCUCAAGAGGCGGGUGGACAAACAAAACCCCACAAAUUCUGACAAACUCCAAGCAUUGAUUAUGCAAGAAUGGGCUGCCAUCAGUCAGGAUUUGGCCCAUAAGUUAAUUGACAGCAUGCCAGGGCAGAUUGCAGAGGUCUUGAAAAGAAGGGUCAACACUGCAAAUAUUGACUCUUUGCAUAAACUUAUUGUGAUUGUCAAUAAAAGCCUUUGACACUUAAGGAAUGCUUGUAAUUAUACUUCAGUAUACCAUAGUAACAUCUGACAAAAAUAUCUCAUAACACUGAAGCAGCAAACUUUGUGAAGACCAAUACUUGUGUCAUUCUUAAAUCUUUUGACCACAACAUUUACAUUUUAGUCAUUUUAGCAGACGCUCUUAUCCAGAGCGACUUACAGUUAGUGAAUGCAUACAUUAUUUUUUCAUACUGGCCAUGCUCUACCAACUGAGCUACAUCCCUGCCGGCCAUUCCCUCCCCUACCCUGGACGACGCUGGGCCAAUUGUGCCCUGCCCCAUGGGCCUUAGACCACUGCGCCACUCGGGAGAUGACUGUGUGUAUGUGUAUAUACACGACUGUGUGUGUGUGUGUGUGUGUGUAUGUAUGUAUAUAUAUAUAUAUAUAUAUAUAUAUAUAUAUAUAUAUAUAUAUAUACACACACACACACACAGUGAGGGGUGGAAAAGUAUUUGAUCCCCUGCUGAUUUUGUACGUUUGCCCACUGACAGGCAUGAUCAGUCUAUAAUUUUAAUGGUAGGUUUAUUUGAACAGUGAGAGACAGAAUAACAACAAAAUAAUCCAGAAAAACGCAUGUCAAAAAUGUUAUAGAUUGAGUUGCAUUUUAAAUGAUGGAAAUAAGAAUUUGACCCCUCUGCAAAACAUUACUUAGUACUUGGUGGAAAAACCCUUGUUGGCAAUCACAGAGGUAUUUGACCCCCUCUCAAUCAGAAAGAUUUCUGGCUCCCAGGUGUCUUUUCUACAGGUAACGAGGUGAGAUUAGGAGCACACUCUCACAAUGUGAUUUUCUGGAUUUUUUUCCCUCAUUUUGUCUGUCAUAGUUGACGUGUACCUAUGAUGAAAAUUACAGGCCUCUCUCAUCUUUUUAAGUUGGAGAACUUGCACAAUUGGUGGCUGACUAAAUACUUUUUUCCCCCACUGUAAAUAUGUGUGUGUGUGUGUAUAUGUAUAUAUAUAUAUAUAUAUAUAUAUAUAUAUAUACAUACAUACAUACAUACAUACAUACAUACAUACAUACAUACAUACAUACAUACAUACAUACAUACAUACAUACAUACAUACAUACAUACAUACAUACAUACAUACAUACAUACAUACAUACAUACAGUGGGGAAAAAAAGUAUUUAGUCAGCCACCAAUUGUGCAAGUUCUCCAACAUAAAAAGAUGAGAGAGGCCUGUAAUUUUUAUCAUAGGUACACGUCAACUGUGACAGACAAAAUGAGAAAGAAAAUCACAUUGUAGGAUUUUUAAUGAAUUUAUUUGCAAAUUAUGGUGGAAAAUAAGUAUUUGGUCAAUAACAAAAGUUUCUCAAUACUUUGUUAUAUACCCUUUGUUGGCAAUGACACAGGUCAAACGUUUUCUGUAAGUCUUCACAAGGUUUUCACACACUGCAGCAGGGAUUUUGGCCCCUCCUCCAUACAGACCUUCUCCAGAUCCUUCAGGUUUUGGGGCUGUCGCUGGGCAACACGGACUUUCAACUCCCUCCAAAGAUUUUCUAUGGGGUUGAGAUCUGGAGACUGGCUAGGCCACUCCAGGACCUUGAAAUGCUUCUUACGAAGCCACUCCUUUGUUGCCCGGGCGGUGUGUUUGGGAUCAUUGUCAUGCUGAAAGACCCAGCCACGUUUCAUCUUCAAUGCCCUUGCUGAUGGAAGGAGGUUUUCACUCAAAAUCUCACGAUACAUGGCCCCAUUCAUUCUUUCCUUUACACGGAUCAGUCGUCCUGGUCCCUUUGCAGAAAAACAGCCCCAAAGCAUGAUGUUUCCACCCCCAUGCUUCACAGUAGGUAUGGUGUUCUUUGGAUGCAACUCAGCAUUCUUUGUCCUCCAAACACGACGAGUUGAGUUUUUACCAAAAAGUUAUAUUUUGGUUUCAUCUGACCAUAUGACAUUCUCCCAAUCCUCUUCUGGAUCAUCCAAAUGCACUCUAGCAAACUUCAGACGGGCCUGGACAUGUACUGGCUUAAGUAGGGGGACACGUCUGGCACUGCAGGAUUUGAGUCCCUGGCGGCGUAGUGUGUUACUGAUGGUAGGCUUUGUUACUUUGGUCCCAGCUCUCUGCAGGUCAUUCACUAGGUCCCCCCGUUUGGUUCUGGGAUUUUUGCUCACUGUUCUUGUGAUCAUUUUGACCCCACGGGGUGAGAUCUUGCGUGGAGCCCCAGAUCGAGGGAGAUUAUCAGUGGUCUUGUAUGUCUUCCAUUUCCUAAUAAUUGCUCCCACAGUUGAUUUCUUCAAACCAAGCUGCUUACCUAUUGCAGAUUCAGUCUUCCCAGCCUGGUGCAGGUCUACAAUUUUGUUUCUGGUGUCCUUUGACAGCUCUUUGGUCUUGGCCAUAGUGGAGUUUGGAGUGUGACUGUUUGAGGUUGUGGACAGGUGUCUUUUAUAUUGAUAACAAGUUCAAACAGGUGCCAUUAAUACAAGUAACGAGUGGAGGACAGAGGAGCCUCUUAAAGAAGAAGUUACAGGUCUGUGAGAGCCAGAAAUCUUGCUUGUUUGUAGGUGACCAAAUACUUAUUUUCCACCAUAAUUUGCAAAUAAAUUCAUUAAAAAUCCUACAAUGUGAUUUUCUGGAUUUUUUUCCCUCAAUUUGUCUGUCAUAGUUGACGUGUACCUAUGAUGAAAAUUACAGGCCUCUCUCAUCUUUUUAAGUGGGAGAACUUGCACAAUUGGUGGCUGACUAAAUACUUUUUUUCCCCACUGUACGUACGUACGUACAUACAUACAUACAUACAUACAUACAUACAUACAUACAUACAUACAUACAUACAUACAUACAUACAUACAUACAUACUGUGGGGAGAACAAGUAUUUGAUACACUGCCAAUUUUGCAGGUUUUCCUACUUACAAAGCAUGUAGAGGACUGUAAUUUUUUAUCAUAGGUACACUUCAACUGUGAGAGAUGGAAUCUAAAACAAAAAUCCAGAAAAUCACAUUGUAUGAUUUUUAAGUAAUUAAUUUGCAUUUUAUUGCAUGACAUAAGUAUUUGAUCACCUACCAACCAGUAAGAAUUCCGGCUCUCACAGACCUGUUAGUUUUUCUUUAAGAAGCCCUCCUGUUCUCCACUCAUUACCUGUAUAAAAGACACCUGUCCACACACUCAAUCAAACAGACUUCAACCUCUACACAAUGGCCAAGACCAGAGAGCUGUGUAAGGACAUCAGGGAUAAAAUUGUAGACCUGCAUAAGGCUGGGAUGGGCUACAGGACAAUAGGCAAGCAGCUUGGUGAGAAGGCAACAACUGUUGGCACAAUUAUUAGAAAAUGGAAGAAGUUCAAGAUGACGGUCAAUCACCCUCGGUCUGGGGCUCCAUGCAAGAUCUCACCUCGUGGGGCAUCAAUGAUCGUGAGGAAGGUGAAGGAUCAGCCCAGAACUACACGGCAGGACCUGGUCAAUGACCUGAAGAGAGCUGGGACCACUUAGUAACACACUACGCCGUCAUGGAUUAAAAUCCUGCAGCGCACGCAAGGUCCCCCUGCUCAAGCCAGCGCAUGUCCAGGCUCGUCUGAAGUUUGCCAAUGACCAUCUGGAUGAACCAGAGGAGGAAUGGGAGAAGGUCAUGUGGUCUGAUGAGACAAAAAUAGAGCUUUUUGGUCUAAACUCCACUCGCCGUGUUUGGAGGAAGAAGAAGGAUGAGUACAACCCCAAAAACACCAUCCCAACCGUGAAGCAUGGAGGUGGAAACAUCAUUCUUUGGGGAUGCUUUUCUGCAAAGGGGACAGGACGACUGCACCGUAUUGAGGGGAGGAUGGAUGGGGCCAGAUCUUGGCCAACAACCUCCUUCCCUCAGUAAGAGCAUUGAAGAUGGGUCGUGGCUGGGUGUUCCAGCAUGACAAUGACCCAAAACACACAGCCAGGGCAACUAAGGAGUGGCUCCAUAAGAAGCAUCUCAAGGUCCUGGAGUGGCCUAGCCAGUCUCCAGACCUGAACCCAAUAGAACAUCUUUGGAGGGAGCUGAAAGUCCGUAUUGCCCAGCGACAGCCCCGAAACCUGAAGGAUCUGGAGAAGGUCUGUAUGGAGGAGGGUCCAAAAUCCCUGCUGCAGUGUGUGCAAAUCUGGUCAAGACCUACAGGAAACGUAUGAUCUCUGUAAUUGCAAACAAAGGUUUCUGUACCAAAUAUUAAGUUCUGCUUUUCUGAUGUAUCAAAUACUUAUGUCAUGCAAUAAAAUGCAAAUUAAUUACUUAAAUCAUACAAUGUGAUUUUCUGGAUUUUUGUUUUAGAUUCUGUCUCUCACAGUUGAAGUGUACCUAUGAUAAAAAAAUUACAGACCUCUACAUGCUUUGUAAGUAGGAAAACCUGCAAAAUCGGCAGUGUAUCAAAUACUUGUUCUCCCCACUGUGUGUAUAUAUAUAUGUGUGUAUAUAUAUAUAUAUAUGUGUAUAUAUGACAUGUUUCUCUGUUCUCUCUCUGUGUUGCAGUACCAAGUUGGUCAGCUGUUCACCGUAGCAGAGGCCAGUAAGAAUGAGACUGGGGGAGGAGAAGGCAUUGAGGUGCUGAUAAAUGAACCCUACGAGGAAGAGGGAGAGAAGGGACAGUACACGCAUAAAGUUUACCAUCUUAAGAGGUACAGUAGAACAUUCACACAAACAUACAUCUGCCAGCUAAGAGAUCCAUACACUGGGCGAGGAUGAAGAGGAGAAUACAGAUGCACCCACAUACACACUAAGGCAGGGUUUCCCAAACUCGGUCCUGGGUGCAUGUUUUGUUUUUUUCCCUAGCACUACACAGCUGAGUCAAAUAAUCAAAGCUUGUUGACGAGUUGGUUAUUUGAAUCAGCUGUGUAGUGUUUGGGCAAAAACCAAAACGUGCACCAAGGGUGGGCCCCAGGACCGAGUUUGGGGAAACCCUGCACAAAGGCAGUGGUCCUCUGUAGCUCAGCUGGUAGAGCACGGCGCUUGUAACGCCAAGGUAGUGGGUUCGAUCCCCGGGACCACCCAUACACAAAAAUGUAUGCACGCAUGACUGUAAGUCGCUUUGGAUAAAAGCGUCUGCUAAAUGGCAUAUUAUUAUAUUAUAAGGCUGCAUUUACAGGCAGCCCAAUUCUGAUAUUUUGCCUAAUUGACCAUUCGCUAAGCCACGCCCCAGAAUUGUGGGCAACCACGCUUGAGUCCACUCGCCUCGGAUAAGCUCUAGUUUCAAACGCAUGGAGGGCAAUGGGAAAAAGUUUUGUUUAAAUGGCUAAAUAAUGUAACAGUACACCAGGGGUACUUGCGACUGUGAUUCCUGAAUUUCAGAGCCUGAUGGAAUAUUUUUAGAAUCUGAAUUGACACUUUUGUUGCAUUGUUUGCUAGCUGGUUAGCUAGCUCUGUCUCAUUGACCACCAUUAAAACAUUGCUAACACUAGCUAGCUAGCCAGUUAAUAUAACUUGUUUUCCCCAAAUGUAUGUAAUCUGUUUUCGACGUCAGGAUACGAUUUGAGAUUACUAGUUGGCUCCAAAAGUGGUUAGUAACUUUGACUGCAUGCUGACAGCACAUUCCAAGCCAUCCAGUGGCUAGCCACACAAAAAUAAAUUUUACCAGGUUCAUGUGAAGCAAUUGUAAUGACAGUCCACCACAACAUACCCGAGAGUCUCCUGAUUAGCAAGGGGUGGUCUGUUUAAUUUCAUUGUGUGUUAAAAACACUGUUUGAGGUCAUUGUGAGGGUUUCUCUCCAGACGUUUGAAUGGGGAAUUGAGCUUCCCGGGAAAAUGUUGACUGAGGUAGUGACGACAACCAAGGGGGCGGGGCUUAGUGAAGGGUCAAUUAUUGACAAAAGAGCAGAUCUGAUUGGUCGAAAGAUCCGAGUUGGACUGCCUGUGUAAACACAGCCAUACACACUCAGAUGAUUGACUCCUGUCUGUCUCUCCUUGCAGUAAAGUCCCAGGCUGGUUGAGGUAUAUUGCACCAGAGGGAGCGUUAGUCUUCCAUGAAAAAGCCUGGAACGCCUACCCAUACUGUCGCACCGGUGAGCACCAGAACUCUUGUUUAAACACUCAAUUGAGCCCAUCUCUGAUUGGGACUGGCUUGCCAGAAGAUACCGACCCUACUGUUACGUUUGUUUACAAUCAGCUGCACUGGGGUCGGAACGCAAUCGUGGUUGCAUUAAGACACUGGAGCCGGCGCAAGCUAUGGGUCAGAAAACGUACCUCAAUGCAGGGAUGGGCUAUGCCACUGUACUCCAAAUUGUACCUUUAUGCACACUGCUCCAUCAAGAAGAAAAACUGCCUUUUUCAUCCUCAUGCUAGCUAGCAGUAGCCACAGCAGCCAUUAUGGAAUGGCAGGUCGCGUUGAACAACAAAGGAGCUAAUUGGCCGACACUGCCAUUCCAAAAUGAUAGCAGUAUUUCAAUCUUCUCGAUGUACAGUGGGGGAAAAAAAGUAUUUAGUCAGCCACCAAUUGUGCAAGUUCUCCCACUUAAAAAGAUGAGAGGCCUGUAAUUUUCAUCAUAGGUACACGUCAACUAUGACAGACAAAUUGAGAAAAGAAAAUCCAGAAAAUCACAUUGUAGGAUUUUUUAUGAAUUUAUUUGCAAAUGAUGGUGGAAAACAAGUAUUUGGUCACCUACAAACAAGCAAGAUUUCUGGCUCUCACAGACCUGUAACCUCUUCUUUAAGAGGCUCCUCUGUCUUCCACUCGUUACCUGUAUUAAUGGCACCUGUUUGAACUUGUUAUCAGUAUAAAAGACACCUGUCCACAACCUCAAACAGUCACACUCCAAACUCUAAUAUGGCCAAGACCAAAGAGCUGUCAAAGGACACCAGAAUCAAAAUUGUAGACCUGCACCAGGCUGGGAAGACUGAAUCUGCAAUAGGUAAGCAGCUUGGUUUGAAGAAAUCAACUGUGGGAGCAAUUAUUAGGAAAUGGAAGACAUACAAGACCACUGAUAAUCUCCCUCGAUCUGGGGCUCCACGCAAGAUCUCACCCCGUGGGGUCAAAAUGAUCACAAGAACGGUGAGCAAAAAUCCCAGAACCACACGGGGGGACCUAGUGAAUGACCUGCAGAGAGCUGGGACCAAAGUAACAAAGCCUACCAUCAGUAACACACUACGCCGCCAGGGACUCAAAUCCUGCAGUGCCAGACGUGUCCCCCUGCUUAAGCCAGUACAUGUCCAGGCCCGUCUGAAGUUUGCUAGAGUGCAUUUGGAUGAUCCAGAAGAGGAUUGGGAGAAUGUCAUAUGGUCAGAUGAAACCAAAAUAGAACUUUUUGGUAAAAACUCAACUCGUCGUGUUUGGAGGACAAAGAAUGCUGAGUUGCAUCCAAAGAACACCAUACCUACUGUGAAGCAUGGGGGUGGAAACAUCAUGCUUUGGGGCUGUUUUUCUGCAAAGGGACCAGGACGACUGAUCCGUGUAAAGGAAAGAAUGAAUGGGGCCAUGUAUCGUGAGAUUUUGAGUGAAAACCUCCUUCCAUCAGCAAGGGCAUUGAAGAUGAAACGUGGCUGGGUCUUUCAGCAUGACAAUGAUCCCAAACACACCGCCCGGGCAAUGAAGGAGUGGCUUCGUAAGAAGCAUUUCAAGGUCCUUGAGUGGCCUAGCCAGUCUCCAGAUCUCAACCCCAUAAAAAAUCUUUGGAGGGAGUUGAAAGUCCGUGUUGCCCAGCGACAGCCCCAAAACAUCACUGCUCUAGAGGAGAUCUGCAUGGAGGAAUGGGCCAAAAUACCAGCAACAGUGUGUGAAAACCUUGUGAAGACUUACAGAAAACGUUUGACCUGUGUCAUUGCCAACAAAGGGUAUAUAACAAAGUAUUGAGAAUCUUUUGUUAUUGACCAAAUACUUAUUUUCCACCAUAAUUUGCAAAUAAAUUCAUUAAAAAUCCUACAAUGUGAUUUUCUGGAAUUUUUUUUCUCAUUUUGUCUGUCAUAGUUGACGUGUACCUAUGAUGAAAAUUACAGGCCUCUCAUCUUUUUAAGUGGGAGAACUUGCACAAUUGGUGGCUGACUAAAUACUUUUUUUCCCCACUGUAUCAGUGUGGAUAAAGGUACAAUUUGGAGUACAGUGGCAUAUCCUAUCCCUGCAUUGAGGUACGUUUUCCGACCCAUAUCUUGCACUGGCUUCACGGUGUCUUAAUGUAAUCCAUGAUUGCGUUCCGACCCCAGUGCAGCUCAGCGUUAACAAGCAUAAUGGUAGGGUCGGCAUCUUCUGGCAAGGUACUGGCCUACAUUUGUAAUUUGUCACUGAUUAUUUUAUUGAAAGUAAACUGUUUCCUUUUUUUUCUGUUGCUUGUUUUCUCCAUCUGCGGCAGUUAUAACGGUGAGUAGUGAGUGAACUGACACACACACAAACACAUGCACACUGGGGGCGGCAGGUGGCCUAGCAGCGGUUAAGAGCAUUGGGCCAGUUACGGAAAGGUCGCUGGCUCGAAUCCCUGAGCCGGCAAGGUGGGAAAGUCUGCUGUUCUGCCCUUGAGCAAGGCAGUUAAUCCCCAACAACAACUGAUCCCUGGGCGCCGAUGACGUCGAUUAAGGCAGCCCCCUGCACCUCUCUGAUUCAGAGGGGUUGGGUUAAAUGCGGAAGACACAUUUUGGUUGAAUGCGUUCAGUUGUGCAACUGACUAGGUAUCCCCCUUUCCCAUAUUCCCCCAGCCAUUGUCUGUGUGGGAUAGUUUUGUUGUGUGAAUGGAUUUGAGACACUCAAUCCCAUUAGUGGCUUCUAUAGCGUGGUGGUGUUGUGUAGCUAGCUAUGUUGCUAAUAAUAUCACGCCACAGUUAGCUAGGCAGAGUGAAGUAGUGCACUAACCAGCUGUGUCGUUUUAGCCUGUUGAGGAAAACUCGUUUGAGGAAUUAGGCAGAACUCACUUAUCAGCAUUAAACAUUUUAUUCUAGCAAUUGCAAGGAAGAUCACUCUCUCAGGAUGAUCCCGUAGAAACCUUCAGGACAUACCGUAAAGGAACUCUCAGGAUUUACCAGAAAGGAUCUCUCAGGAUAUACCGGAGAGGAUCUCAAAAAUGUUACAAUCACACACUCUUUAUAUAGUUCAUCUACACAAAGAACUGCUUACCCCUCCAAGGGGGAGGCAAGCUUACAAAAGAGAUAAGGGGUAAUUGGCUCCACUUCCUUAGAAGAAUAAUACAAAUGAGACCGGUUCUAACCAGUUCUCACAGCCUGUCUCAGAUAGAGGAGUGAUAGGAUCUUUAAAGCCUAACCAGAGGAAACUAGAUUUCCGCCUAGCUAGGUUUUUAGCGCCCGAAAGAUGAGCCAGUAAUAAAUCACAGGUGUGGAAAAUUACCAGUGACUAGUACUAUUCAACUCAAGCAUUUACAGUACAUACUGUAGCAUUAGACUGUAACAAAACCAUUUUGCACCCACAAGCCCAAACAGCUAAUCGGUUAAUUAGCUUAGCUGUGGAGUUUAAAUAGGCCUUAGGCCUCCCAGGACUCCAUUCAAGGCUUUCUCAGUAUGAGAUUCCCAUUGGUUCUCCAUUCAAGGCAUUCUCAAGCUUGCCAUUGGCUGACAUUUUAAGGCUACUAUAUAGAGGAAGUGAACACUAAAGCCUUCUAGGAAUUCGUUUUCUUCCCACCACAGAAUCCAUAGAAUCAGCUUAUCAAAAAUGUGGAAUGGUACACCCAACAUGGCCGCCGUCCCGACCCAGAUCGGAUGGGAUUAAUUUAUGCUUUGCCAGAUUAAAACAUUGACAGAGAUUUGAUUUGUCUCCUGUUCUUUCUUUGCUCACUUCUCUUCUCUAUUUUCCUCUACUACCAGAACGAGUAUAUGAAAGAUGACUUCCUGAUAAAGAUUGAGACGUGGCACAAACCUGACAUGGGAACUCUAGAAAACGUGCAUGACUUGGAUGGUCCUACGUGGAAGACAGUGGAGGUGAUUCCCAUCGACAUCGCAGACAAAGAUGUGGUGGCCCAUGGGGUGAGUGGACACGCGCACGCACACACACACUAUUUGAAAAUGUGGAACAUUAUUUGAAUAAAUUGAUCAUUCCUCUAUUGCGCAUCAGACCGGACAUCACUGUAUUUGCUAAAGCAGUGAGUUUUUAACCACUCAGCCAUGUUAGAUCAGUGACAUCAAAAUGGCUCUUUUCCCAGGUGGUAAAGUAGUCUGUCCCCUGUCCAGGCACUGAUGGUUACGCCAUCAGGGUAUUUGUCUCCCCAUGUGGAUGAGUUGCGUCACUGCAUGUUGACUGGUUGUCUCUGCCAGUCUACCGGUAAUCUCGGACACCCAGAACUAGAAUCUUGUUAAUUGCGUCAAAUGCUUGAUUAAGUUCUGGGGGGAGAGCUAGCGAGGCUAGUGAAGUCUCCACCCCUCUAAAACUCUGAGCCAGUGUUGGGCAAAUCUAUGUGCCAAAUGUCCCCUCCCCUUCCGAAAGGUGCGAACACCUGCGAAAUCGCAAUUUGUCCAAAUUAUCAGGGUUGAAAAAUCUGUGUACCGGAACGAAGUUCCUUGUUAGUCGCACAGUCUGCCCCACUACCAUUUGUGUUACGUGCUUCUUUCCACAAAAGAUUACUGCCAUUCUAGUGUCAUUCCUAGCCCUGUAUCUGCUGCUGUUAGCCUGGCAGUCCAUUCCCGUCCGCCAGAGAAACGGCCUGCGCAAGGCACUGUGUAGAAACUCUGAUCUAUACAUCACCUUACUGACAUACUGCUGACGUGCCAUAUUGUACAGGACCCAACAUAACAGCCUAAUUCUUAGCGUAGAUCAGGAGAUUUAUGCUAGUAGACUUGACCCUGUGUAGUAGUGAUGGAUACAGUUACAUAUCGCAAUAUUUUUUUUUUUGUCCGAUCGAUUUGUAAAAAAAAAUAUGUUUUUCUACUUUAGGUAGCGUUACCUAGUGCUAGUCGGCUGUACAGUGCCUUGCAAAAGUAUUCAUCCCCCUUGGUGUUUUUCCUAUUUUGUUGCAUUACAACCUGUAAUUUAAUUGGAUUUUUAUUUGGAUUUCAUGUAAUGGACACACAAAAUAGUCCACAUUUGGUGAUGUGAAAUUUAAAAAAUAACUUGUUUCAAAAAAUGCAACAACAAAAAAAUAUGGAAAAGGGGUGCGUGCAUAUUUAUUCACCCCCUCUGCUAUGAAGCCCCUAAAUAAGAUCUGGUGCAACCAAUUACCUUCAGAAGUCACAUAAUUAGUUAAAUAAAGUCCACCUGUAUGCAAUCUAAGUGCCACAUGAUCUGUCACAUGAUCUCAGUAUAUGUACAACUGUUCUGAAAGGCCCCAGACUGCAACACCACUAAGCAAGGGGCACCACCAAGCAAGCGGCACCAUGAAAACCAAGGAGCUCUCCAAACAGGUCAGGGACAAAGUUGUGGAGAAGUACAGAUCAGGGUUGGGUUAUAAAAAAUAUCUUUGAACAUCCCACGGAGCACCAUUUUAAAUCCAUUAUAAAAAAAAUUGAAAGAAUAUGGCACCACAACAAACCUGCCAAGAGAGGGCCACCUACCAAAACUCACGGACCAGGCAAGGAGGGCAUUAAUCAGAGAGGCAACAAAGAUACCAAAGAUAACCCUGAAGGAGCUGCAAAGCUCCACAGCGGAGAUUGGCGUAUCUGUCCAUAGGACCACUUUAAGCCGUACACUCCACAGAGCUGGGCUUUAAGGAAGAGUGGCCAGAAAAAAGCCAGCGCUUAUUUUUAUCUUUAAGCAAACACGUUUGGUGUUCGCCAAAAGGCAUGUGGGGGACUCCCCAAACACAUGGAAGAAGGUACUCUGGUCAGUUGAGACUAAAAUUGAGCUUUUUGGCCAUCAAGGAAAACGCUAUGUCUGGCACAAACCCAACACCUCUCAUCACCCCGAGAACACCAUCCCCACAGUGAAGCAUGGUGGUGUUAGCAUCAUGCUGUGGGGAUGUUUUUCAUCUAAAUACAGGGAAUAGUUAUGCACGCUCAAGUUUUCUGUUUUUUUGUCUUAUUUCAUGUUUGUUUCACAAUGAAAAAUAUUUUGCCUCUUCAAAGUGGUAGGCAUGUUGUGUAAAUCAAAUGAUACAAACCCCCCAAAAAUCAAUUUUAAUUCCAGGUUGUAAGGCAACAAAAUAGGAAAAAUGCCAAGGGGGAUACUUUCGCAAGCCAUGCACCAAAAGUCCUGUAUUUUUCAUCCUAUAGCUUGUUCUUUUUAAAUAGUGAGCCAACCUGUUUCAGCACUUUUAUUUCCCUUACUGACCAAAACUGGAGUGGUGGUAAUACUAUGGUUGGUCUUUCUGAGAGCUGCCCUCUGGGUGGUGUACUCACUCACACGUCUGAUUCAGUACAUCAAUGACUAGAACAAAAUGGAUGGGUGUCCCCAAGCACUGGAGCUGAGAAACAGUAUGGGAGAGAGCUUCUCUGUCUGAAGUCAGGCUACUGUGUCUGUAGUGUUAGUCUCAUGUACAGUACUGACUGAACACUCAGGACAGAGAGCCGGUACUAUAGCAGGACUGCAGUGCAGUGGCUCCUGUACUCUAAUGACAUAAGUGAAUCAGUGAUAGGGCCACGCCUUAAUCUGAGGGGCCGUCUGCUGCAGGUGUACACACACACACAGGUCUGACGGAUUCAAAUAGGGACAAGGGGAGAGCCUGUGUGUGUGGUUGUGUGUGCGCCUGCCAUCCUACUGCUCCAAUGGCUUUCCUGCAUCAUAAGGGCAUGGCGUUGAUCUCUGUUCCCCAGAGCAUCAUCCACUCUUCUGAUUCUACACACAAUAUGUUAACAUCAAGAAAUAUGGAGCGUCUUCAUUCCAGAUACUAUUAACUGAAUGAACAUUUGUACAUAUACAACUCCAUGUCAAUAGUUUCCCUGUGUGCGUGUUCUCUCCUGCAGGACUAUAAUGGGGCUGUAAUGUGUAUAUAUAUAUUGUUGUCAGAAUCAGGGUUUCCGUUAGGAAAAUCUGGCGCCAGACAAGUGACCGGGAGAUUUAAAUUUAUCGGACAUUGGAGAAAUGUACCGGUCAUCCAAAUGCAUUGGGUGCUAACCCAUUAGGCCGGCCACUCAUGCAGCCAGCGCCAUCAAUUAACGAGUGACAUUGGUCAAAUUACAGAAACACUAUUCCAUGUUUUGAUGUGUAGCAUAUGCAACAUUUUAUAGCCUCUAGUUUUUUUUUUACUUUCCUCAAACAAUAAUUGUCCAACUCACGGUUGAGCUGUCGGAGAUUUGAGCACUAAAUAGGCCUAUUGGCUUAGACGUCCACUAUAUUAUAUGAAUGCCAUAACAAAAUUGUUAAAUACUUAUUGACUCAAGACAUUUCAGCUUUUAAUUAAUUUGUAACAAUUUCAAAAAUAUAAUUCCACUUUGAAAUUAUGGGGUAUUGUGUGUAGGCCAGUAAUUUUCUUUCUUCAAUUUAAUCAAUUUUAAACUCAGGCUGUAACAACAAAAUGUGGAAAAAGUCAAGGGGUGUGAAUACUUUCUAAAGGCACUGGACAUACUGUAUUACCUCAACUACCUCGUACCCCUGCACAUUAACUCAGUACUGGUACUUGUAUAUAGCCUCGUUAUUGUUGGAUUAUAUAUUAUUGUGUUACUAUUUCCUUUUUUUAUUUAGCAAAUAUUUGUCGUACUUUUCAACUUCACGGUAAAGUCUGUUGUAUUUGGCACAUGACCAAUAACAUUUGAUUUGAGGAGCCCAUCUGACUAGUAUAAAGACAUUAAUGUUGGUGUCGUAGCAUACCGCAGGCAUAUUUCUUAUCUCUCUGGGGCUAAGCGUAAGCUUCUCUUCCUUUUAUAUACACUAUAUGACCAAAAGUAUGUGGACACCUGCUCGUCGAACAUCUCAUUCCAAAAUCAUGGGCAUUAAUAUGGAGUUGGUCCCCCCUUUGCUGCUAUAACAGCCUCCACUCUUCUGGGAAGGCUUUCCACUAGAUGUUGGAACAUUACAAGAACAUUAGUGAGGUCGGGCACUGAUGUUGGGCGAUUAGGCCUGGCUCGCAGUCAGCAUUCCAUUUCAUCCCAAAGGUGUUUGAUGGGGUGAAGGUCAGGGCUCUGUGCAGGCCAGUCAAGUUUUUCCACACCGAUCUCGACAAACCAUUUCUGUAUGUGCGCAUUGUCAUGGCAAAGGGCCUUCCCCAAACUGCUGCCACAAAGUUAGAAGCACAGAAUCAUCUAGAAUGUCAUUGUAUGCUGUAGUGUUAAGAUUUCCCUUCACUGGAACUAAGGGGCUUAGCCCGAACCAUGAAAAACAGCCCCAGACAUUAUUCCUCCUCCACCAAACUUUACAGUUGGCACUAUGCAAAUGGUGGCGAGGUUUACACCACUCCAGCCUACGCUUGGCAUUGCGCAUGGUGACCUUCGGCUUGUGUGCAGCUGCUCGGCCAUGGAAACUAAUUUCAUGAAGCUCCCGACGAGGCAAUUUGGAACUCUGUAAUGAGUGUUGCAACCGAGGACAGACUAUUUUUACUCGGUACGCGCUUCAGCACUCGGCUGUCCCGUUCUGUGAGCUUGUGUGGCCUACCACUUCGCGGCUGAGCCAUUGUUGCUCCUAGACGUUUUCACUUCACAAUAACAGCACUUACAGUUGACCGGGGCAGCUCAAGUACUGACUUGUUGGCGGUGCCACGUUGAAUGUCACUGAGCUCUUCAGUAAGGCCAUUCUACUGCCAAUGUUUGUCUACGGAGAUUGCAUGACUGAAUGCUCGAUUUUAUACACCUGUCAGGAGUGGCUGAACUAGCCGAAUCCACUAAUUUGAAGGGGUGUCCACAUACCUUUGUAUAUACAGUGCAUUAGGAAAGUAUUAUUUGCUGCCACCACCAUGCUUCACCGUAGGGAUGGUGCCCGGUUUCCUCCAGACGUGACGCUUGGCAUUGAGGCAAAAUAGUUCAAUAUUGGUUUCACAGACCAAAGAAUAUUGUUUCUCAUGGUCUGAGAGUCCUUUAGGUGCCAAUUAGCAAACUCCAAGCAGGCUGUCAUGUGCCUUUUAACUGAGGAGUGGAUUCCGUCUGGCCACUCAGCUGGUAGAGCACGGCGCUUGUAACGCCAGGGUAGUGGGUUCGAUCCCCGGGACCACCAAUACACAAAAAUGUAUGCACGCAUGACUGUAAGUCGCUUUGGAUAAAAGCGUCUGCUAAAAAGCGUCUGCUAAAUGGCAUAUUCUUAUAUUAUAUUAUAAGGCCUGAUUGGUGGAGUGCUGCAGAGAUGGUUGUCCUUCUGGAAGGUUCUCCCAUCUCCACAGAGGAACUCUGGAGCUCUGUCAUUGACCAUUGGGUUCUUGGGCACCUCCCUGACCAAGGCCCUUCUCUCCCGAUUGCUCAGUUUGGCUGGGCGGCCAGCUCUAGGAAGAGUCUUGGUGGUUCCAAACUUCUUCCAUUCAAGAAUGAUGAAGGCCACUGUGUUCUUGGGGACCGCCAAUGCUGCAGACAUUUUUUGGUACCUUUCCCCAGAUCUGUGCCUCGACACAAUCCUGUCUCGGAGCUCUACGGACAAUUUGGUUUCUGCUCUGACAUGCACUGUCAACUGUGGGACCUUAUCUAGACAGGUGUGUGCCUUUCCAAAUCAUGUCCAAUCAAUUGAAUUUAGCACAGGUGGACUCCAAUCAAGUUGUAGAAACAUCUCAAGGAUGAUCAAUGAAAACAGGAUGCACCUGAGCUCAAUUUCGAGUCUCAUAGCAAAGGGUCUGAAAUACUUAUGUAAAUGUCAUAUUUCAGUAUUAAUAUUUUUUUUGCAAACCUGUUUUUGCUUUACCAUUAUGGGAUAUUCUGUGUAGAUUGAUGAGGAAAAAAGUUAAUUUAAUCAGUUUUAGAAUAAGGCUGUAAUGUAACAAAAUGUGGAAAGUCAAGGGGUCUGAAUACUUUCCGAAUGCAUAUAAUAGAGUAGCAGCAGCGUAUGUGAAGAGUGUGAAGAGUGUGAAGAGUGUGAAAGCUGAGCACAUCGUCUCUCCGUCUGUGACAACAGGAUAGUUGUUUUCCAAGCAAUUCGAUUUUUAGAUGUUAUACAAUCGGAACACUUUUCUUUCUCCCAUAGCAUCUUUUUCCCCCUAGAAAAGGAGAGAUUGGCUCUCGACACAGCUGCAGGGCCCAGCGAAACAGGGGCAGGCAGGCAGACACUUUCAUUACAAGAUUCAUGAGGAUAAUGCACUUUACUGUUUGACCAAAUCAUCGUUUUAGCCUCCUAAAAAAUAGGACGUUUUGAAUGAGGUCAAUGAGUACAGCCCGCAUUGGUGCGACCAAUAUAGUUGCAGUCUGGAGCCCUACCUUGUAGGCUUUUCACUAUAGGCAUACUCUCCAAUUUUCAUUUUACUUAAAUGAAAAAGGACUUCAUCUUCGCAAUCAAUAGUAGCCUUGGCCAAGGCUCCUCUCUCGCUUUCACUCUCUCCUCAGCAGAACAGCAGCCCCGUACAAUUUGGCCGGCUACAAUUUUAUUUAUCGGCUUUUCAUUUAUUUUAUCGGCCAAAAUCCGGCAAUUACCGGCUAACGGAAACCCUGGUUAGUAUGCCUGUUGUGUAAUGCAUGUUGUUGUUCUCCUACAGGGCUAUAAUGAGUUGUAAUGUAUAUACACUGAGUGUACAAAACAUUAAGAAUGCCUUCCUAAUAUUGAGUUUUAACACCCCCUUUGCCCUCAGAACAGCCUCAAUUCAUCGGGGCAUGGACUCUACAAGGUGUCGAAAGCAUUCCACAGGGAUGCUGCCCUAUGUUGACUCCAAUUCUUCACACAGUUGUGUCAAGUUGGCUGGAUGUUCUUUGGGUGGCGGACCAUUCUUGAUACACACGGGAAACUGUUGAGCGUGAAAAACCCAGCAGCAUUGCAGUUCUUGACACAAACCAGUGCGCCUGGCACCUACUACCAUACACUGUUCAAAGACAUUUAAAUAUUUUGUCUUGCCCAUUCACCCUAUAAAUGGCACACAUACACAAUCCAUGUCUUAAAAAUCCUUCUUUAACCUGUCUCCUCCCCUUCAUUUACACUGAUGGAAGUGGAUUUAACAGGUGACAUCAGUAAGGGAUCAUAGCUUUCACCUGGUCAGUCUGUCAUGGAAAGAGCAGGUGUUUGUACAUUCAGUGUAUUGUUGUGUAAUGUAUGUUUGUUUUCUACUUCAGGAUUAUAAAGCAGAGGAGGAUCCUGCUCUGUUCAAAUCGACAAAGACAGGCAGAGGACCGCUCUCACCUGAAUGGAAGGUACAGGAUUUCACCAUGUAUAUCCCCCUGUCUUGUCUGUGGUAGUUGGUCAUAUUACAUUUGACCUCAUUAGAAGUGCCGGAAGUUAAUGCCCCAAAAUCAACAUUGUAGAAAAUAAAGACAUUUGGCCUCAUCCUUCCUGUGUUUCUCCUCUGACAGAAUGAUCUGAUGAACAAGAUAGACUGUCCUAAGAUGUGUGCCUACAAACUGGUCACUGUCAAGUUCAAGUGGUGGGGCCUUCAGACCAAAGUAGAGAACUUUAUCCAGAAGGUACAAUACUUUUCUCUCUUUUAUCCUUUUCACAUUGCUUUUAGGGCCUCUAAUGAGAAAACAGACUGAUGCCUAAUAUUGUCGUUCUCUGGUCUCUCCUUCCAUUCCCUCUCCUCCUCCCUUCUACCUCCUCUCUCUCCUCCGUCCACCUCUCUCCUCCCUCCUCCCUCCUCUUCUACCUCCUCUCUCUCCUCCCUCCACCUCUCUCCUCCCUCCUCUUCUCUCCCCCAUCUUCCGUCCUUCAGCAAGAGAAGCGUAUCUUUACUAACUUCCAUCGCCAGUUGUUCUGUUGGAUCGACAACUGGGUGGAGCUGACCAUGGCAGACAUCCGACGAAUGGAGGAGGAGACCAAGAAAGAGCUGGAAGAGGUAACACACACUUAAUGUCUGAAAUUAUUUCAUAGGUUUUAGACUUGUGCCUUAGAGCUUGUCGUUUAUUUUGGUGCAUAGAUGGGGACAGUUGUUGAUGAUGAAAAGGUCACUAACACAUGAUCCCAGAGGCAUUGUGGGAUCAGGAACCACAAUAAACAACAAAUCACCUAUCAAGGACUGACCGUGACCCUCACUAACCCCUAUGGCCCUAAUCUUUGACCCUCCUAUGAAGCGCUCUGAUUGGUCCAGCUGACAGUUCUACUCUGCUGCCUUUAGAUGCGUGAGAAGGGCACCGUUAGAGGAACCUCGGCAACGGAAGAGUAACCCCGCCCCAUCUAGGUCAAAGGUCAGAGGCAGGCUGAGUAAGUUCCCUGACAGGAUACAAGAAAUGACAUCAUCGUGGUGUCGUGGACUCAUCCCGUACCUGCACUCGUCUUCUCAUCUCUGUUUCCCCCCCAUUCGUUUGUUGCUCAUCACCUGUUUUUUUGCCAGCUGCAUGUUGCCUGUCUAAUCAAACGUUCUGCUUUUGGUUGAAUCUGUCGUUCCGUCUAUGGUGGUGUUGGGGCUCUACCUGCAUGUGGCUCUCUUUCUGUUUCUCGUUCUUUCCUUCACGUCUGAAUCUUGUCUCUCUCUCUCUCUCUCUCUCUCUGCAGUUCUGCUGCUCAGCUCCUGCUGCGUGACUUCUUAUCCUCAGCUCUUUGAAACCUUCAUUCUUAUUUUAUUUUAAGACUUGCUGUCUUAUUAACAUGUUGUAGUCUGUUUAUUGUGUGUGUGUGUUUUUUAUGUGUGUGGUUCCAGGUGUUGGGGCAGCGCUACUACCUUGUUGCUGUCUGUCAUCUUUCUGUGUCAUGUUGCCUAAAGAUGGAAUUAUCUGUCAUGUGGAAAGAGGAGAGUUUUCACUCUGAUGGAGAUGGGUUGAAGUGCUGUGAAGUGACUGCUAGUAAAGGGGAAACAUUAUUCAAUAUUUGAUGAACUAAACAUUGGCCAUUAGUUCACAGUGUAGUAAGUUUAGGUGUAGCUACAUUAUAUGUACCAGGCAAUGGCCGUUUGAUGGAAAGAAAGAAUAUGUUCACUCGUCCAUCACCUCAGUCUCUCCUUCAGACACCUUUUGUCCUUCACUGUGUGACACAAGAUUAUAAUGUGUUUCUUUCUCCCUCCUUCUUGCCCCAGCUGCGUAAGUCAGGUCAGGUUCGAGGCAUGAGUGCGGCUCACGAGCAGUGAGGUCGACCAACCAAACCCUUCUAUGAUGAUGAUGAUAUCACCAAGCCCACAGAGAAGAGGAAGUCGGCUGCUCUACUUCCUGUCUCCCAUGAUUCAUAGGGGGGUUUGUCCUGAUUGGUCAAUAGUACUGUACCGACCCCCAAUCACACGCCUCCUAUUCACGUAGACUAACAAAAGCCGUUUUGCAUUUAAAAAAGAAAAAAUUAAGGGAAAAAACUAUUUGCACAGAAAGUAAAUUUAAAUUGCCUGUAAAUAUAGUUAGUUAAUUAUGAGACGGGCUUCAUUUGUAUUCAGAUACACAAAGCCAAGCCUUUUAAUCAGACUAGAAUUUUAUGUUAUUUUACAGUCCUCUGUAUAUGUUAUAAUUUCCCCCUAAAUUGGAAUAAGAUCACUUAUUUAGCAGGUAUUGGACCAAUUUAGUUUUUGUUACAUGUAUUUUGUUCCCUGUUGUAUACUGUAUCUGUCAUGGCUCUAGUUGGCUUCAUCCUUUUGUCUUUCCCCACCCUCGAGACUAAGAUCUGUAUCAACCCUUAUCUGAGUUGUAGUGGUCUGCAGACUU